CGAAGACAGCUGCUAACCGCGGCAGCGGAAAAGGAACAACUGCAAAAUGCGUGAGCCCCCGAAAAUGGCUCAACCUCGAACCGGCAACUAAUUCACUUUCCGAGUCCACUCCGACAGAAAUAUGGCCUGAGGAAAACCGUGUGUCCCGGUCCACCGAGCCCCAUGCAAAACCUAACGGCCCCCGGCGACUCCGGCACCUCCAAUGUCAGCUGCUCCUGCAACUGUACCGGUUCUCAGCCACAGGGAAUGGAGAUAUCUGAACUGGAGUUUGUUCAGAUCAUCAUCAUCAUUGUGGUGAUGACAGUCAUGGUGGUGGUGAUCAUUUGCCUGCUCAACCAUUACAAGCUCUCCACCUUCAUAACAAGGCAGAGCCAAGCUCGCAGGCACAGCCAUUCCCUGCAGCAGGAUGGGUGUCUGUGGCCUUCAGACAGCAACUCGCGCCAAGGAGCCACCGAGGUGUUAUAUGCGCCCCGGCCCAGGGAUCGCUUCACCACUCCCGCCUUCAUGCACAGAGACCGCUUCAGCCGCUUCCAGCCUACCUAUCCAUACCUACAACACCAGAUUGACCUUCCGCCCACUAUCUCGUUGUCAGAUGGGGAGGAGCCUCCACCGUAUCAGGGGGCCUGCACCUUGCAGCUUCGUGACCCCGAACAGCAGAUGGAGCUCAAUCGAGAAUCAGUGAGGGCACCACCUAACCGGACCAUCUACGACAGUGACUUGAUCGACAUGGGGGGAGGCGGAGUGACAGGGGGGGGGGCGAGCGGCCCGAGGCCACCGAGCAGUAACUCGGGCAUCAGCGUGGCCAACUGUGUUAUCCACGGGCGCAUGGAAGCCCCCCCGCCCGCAUACAGUGAAGUGAUUGGCCAGUACCCUGGCUCAACUUUUUUUCUUCACCAGCAAAGCUAUAAAUUGAGGUUGGGGGAGUCCAGGGGGCCUGGAAGCACGAUGAUCCAGCACCAGAGCCAAUCAGAAAGCACAAUAGUACCUUCCAAGGCGAAGGAUGGCCAACCAGAGGACCUGGUGUGAGCGGGACCACCUGAAGACCUUUGGGACAUUCAUAACCUUUAGGUCUCUCACUCUCUUUCUCUGUCCACACUCCCAUGCACAAAAAUAUCAACUUUAGCUACUACAAAUCCAUGAAAGUUAGGAAGAAAGUUUUGAUUUUAUUUCUUUUGCUUUCUGACAUUAGUAACUGGUCAGCAAUCACUGCUGUGGCAGGGUUAUGCUGUGCAUGGAGUCUUGUUUGUCUUCAAAUGAAAAAGAUAUAGGACACAGAUUGAAAAGUUUUUUUGAAUCCGCCCUCAUCCCCACUAGUGGCAACCCUAUCCCGAGGGGUGGGUGAUAAUAAUUUUCUUUUUUUGGUUCCACUUUUUGAGACCAGAAUCUGUGCACAAUAACUGGAUUGAGAAUCAAAGGACCUAAACAAAUUAAGUGACUUACACAUACUCAAAUCUUAGUGCCAAGGUUCACAAGGAUAGGAAAAAAAAACAGACUUUGAAAAAUAGAGGUUAUCUCAAAGUUGCACUAUCUUU